AGAUGCGCAAUAACCCAAAACAUUGUUUACAGAAUGAAUGUCGUGCCUGCCAAAUCAUAAAAAUUACUCAGGGGCAAAUUAUCCGUUUUUUUUCUUAAACCGCUGUGUUUAUUGCAACGAAAAAUGUCCGGAAAUAAUCAGUGCUAUCUAGUGAACUUAGCCACCAAAGAGCGCAUACUUUUACCCGACCAAACCCCAGUAAUCCUAGGCCGCAACCCAGAUUCGAAUAUUAAGGAUCUAAAGGUGUCCCGAAAGCAAAUCGCAUGCAUUGCGAAGCUUGGAGAGAGUCAAGUGGCUUUAAAGCCUGUUGGGAAGACUGUGUGCGGCUGCAAUGGGCUGGCUUUGGCCCGAAAUGUUAUCUACACAAUUGGCCACAAGGACAUAAUCGAAGUGCACUUGGGAGACCACAAGUUUGAGGUGAAUUUCGAUAUUCCCCCGGCUAAAAGUGGAAGCGGUCCGGAAAUUGAGGAGCCCAAGGCGAAAAAGCCUAAACUGGACUUCCCAGUUUUCAACACGAAAGCGCCCAAAACCAGUGGACUGACUAAUGGGGGCACUUGGGAGGACGUGGAUAACAAACAGUUAAUAGUUUUUACCCCUGCAGCUUGCCAAGGCAGAACCAAAAUCGCUGGGUUCGAUAUUGACGGGACCGUUAUUAAGCCCAAGUCAGGAUCAAGGUUUCCCAAAAACGCUGAAGACUGGAUUUGGAACUACAGCGAAAUUCCCAGGCAUUUAAGGAAACUAUACGACGAACAGUACAAAGUGGUUUUUUUCACCAAUCAGUCUGGAGUCGGUCGAGAUCCUGCCAAAAUUGCGGAGUUUAAGAAGAAAAUCUCGAACAUCGUCAACGACCUUAAAGUGCCAGUACAAGUGUUUAUCUCACUGGGCAAGAAAAUGUACAGAAAACCUCGAACGGGAAUGUGGGACGCGUUGGAAAAGAACAAGAAUAAUGGAGUGGAAAUUGAUGUUGGGGAAUCGUUUUACGUGGGCGAUGCAGCUGGACGGGAGAAAAAUUGGGCGCCAAAAAGAAACAAGGAUCAUUCUACCGCUGAUAGGCUUUUUGCAAUGAAUAUAGGACUGAAGUUUUACACCCCCGAAGAGUUCUUCUUGAAGCAAAAGCCCUCCCCAUAUAAACUGCCGGACUUCGAUCCAAGAGCUGACAUCAGCCACCUAAAGCUCCCGGAUUUAUCCUACGACAAGCUCAAUGUGAUUGUAAUGGUAGGCGGGCCUGGUUCAGGAAAAACCUCAUUCGUCAAGGAUUCGCUUCUUCCAAACGGCUACAUUCAUGUGAACAGAGACAAACUGGGCACCUGGCAAAAGUGCGUCAAAACUAUGGAGGAGAGCCUGGAAAAGAAAUCGAACGUAGUCAUCGAUAAUACCAACGUUGAUAAAGCCACCAGGGCCAGAUUUAUUGAGGCUGCCAAGAAGUUUGGGGCCGACAUCAGGUGCUUUGUGAUGGAAACUUCUCUGGACCAAAUGAGGCACAACAAUAAAUUCCGGGAGAUGACCGAUAAAAAUCACGCGGUAGUAAGCGAUAUCAUUAUUUUCAGUUACCGAAAAAAUUUCCAGGAACCCGAAAUCAGUGAGGGUUAUUCGCAACUGUUGAAAAUCCCAUGCAUUCCCAAGUUUACCGAUAACGCGCUCGAGAAACUGUACAAAACGUUUUUAUUGGAGUAAAAGUUGGUGGGCACAAUUGCAAAAGGCUGGCAACUAAUUUUCGUGGGCAACUAUUGGAGUACAUACAGUGCGAGUUUAAUUAUCUACCGCUUUGCCUUCGAGGAACUUAUAUAUCACAGAAAAGUCCUUUUUGCCCAACCCAUAAGUGAUCAUUGUGCGAAAUAGUUGAUGGGACAUCGCAGCCAAGGGAACAGGUGCACUGAUGCUUAGAGCUGCAUCGCCCGCCAAUCCUAAAAGAAAAUCCCUGUAAAAAUCAACUAAAUACAAAGGAAAUUUCCUA